AUGUGUAAAGUAACUCCUUUCGAUUCUCGAUGCAUCGCUUCAUGUCUUACAGUUUGUCUUGCUAUUGACUAUCUUUUACAAACCGUUACUGAUGAUAAUAUUGAAAUGCUCAUCGAUCGUGUUCAAAAAGAAACUCUUUAUAUUCUUGGUGGCCAACUAAAAGAGCUUAACCUUGAUGAACUACGAAGCAUUGGAUAUACUUGUAAAUGUUUAGCAUCAGGUUUCUAUGGAUUGAGAUCUACAAAACCGUUUCAAACAACAGUUAAUGAUCUUAUUCGAUAUAGUGGUGAUGCAGAUACGAAUGGUGCUGUGUGUGGAGCAAUGUAUAGUGCAAGACGUGAUUUCACCACAUCGCCUUAA